AUGACGGAGAUGUAUUCGGGCCUGCAUGUGGGCCAGCGGUUUCCCUCGCUCGAAGAGUUCAAGGGACUGGUACGGAGUAUAUCAGUGAGGCAGCAUUGGGAGCUUCGCGUGACGCGGAGCAACAAGAAAAGCGUGGUGAUAGGCUGCCGGUCUUCCAACAAUUGUUUCUUUCGGGUUGUCUGUCGCGCAAAUAGGAAUGCGACCUAUAUCAGCAGUCUCCAAGACAGUCACAGCUGUCGACGGAAUGCUACUUCAACAACGAAAACCCCGGCUCGUUCGGAAGCCUCGCAUGUGCGGUUCCUUCUCAGCGAGAUACCCAAACUUUUCGACAUGAGGAACAAAAUAAAAGCGCAGGAUAUUGUCGAUGCCGUUAAACGGUAUCAUGGAUAUGACAUCUCGACAAGACAGGCCCAGCGCGCACUUAUCAGACUGCAGCAGCGGGAUUCGCAACAGCAAAGCGAUGCAGCAAACUCGUCCAGUGGGGAAGACCGACAAGAGAGCCAGCCACCACCUGUAGAAGGGCAGAACGAGGGUCCAGCUUAUGGUGGAAUUCCGGGCCAGAGAUGGAUGCCCGAACCGGUACAGCCGAAUCUUGUUGAUAAUAUCCCACCACAGCAAACCGAAGAUCUACGAAACCCGACCCUUCCGACCACAAAUCUGCAGGCACCGCCAAUACAGCCACACCCUCCGCAACUACAAAACCCCCAGCGAAUACGACCUACUGUGCAAACACAACAACCACAACAACAGCCGUUACCUCCUACGCCCCCUCUACAAGCAGCACCAGUUCCACAGCAUGAGCACACCUCCGUUAAUCAUCCACUACACCCUCCACCUACUUCUCAUCAACCCUCUUAUCCUUUGCAAGCUCCAAGCCAGCCAGCACCACGACAUCCAGGCUUAGCUAAAUCUCCCACCCAACCUCAGCAGGCUAGCCACCCUUCUGCACCUCAACUUGUCCUCACAAACUUCAAGAUAGAGUUCUCCUGUACAUCUUGCGGGGCUCUCAACCAAAGUUUCUUUCCAAACCAAGGCAACGUUACUGGCGGACACUACAUGGGACCUCGUCCUGUGCCCGAGCAGGCCAACAUGCCUCCUGGGCCGGGUCCCUCAGCGCCUACUGCUACCGCUCGGGGUAUUGCUGAGCCCACCAAUGAACAGUUGGGCGACGCUCACAUAUAUGACCGAGCCAGAAGGGCCAGCACACGCGGAGCUCCAUCCCCUUGGCCACCAACCGCUGGUCCUUUGGAUGUUCCACUAGCACCUCCGCAUUCGCAUAGCCCUACAUGA